AUGCUAGAAAAUCUGAAUCCAGUGUUACAUGUACCUGUAAAGCCUCGGCUAAAUAAACUAGGUUUAAAUAUUGAUAACUUUGAGUGGGAUGGUCAACGUCAACUUAUUGAUAAAGCAGAAAUAUUUGAUCAUAUUCGUGAUAUUCGAGAUCCUGAACAUCCUCAUAGUCUUGAAGUGUUAAGUGUACUGAAUGAUGAUUGGAUUAAUGUGAAUGAUACCGAAAGUUGGGUUUGUGUUGAAUAUUCACCUACAAUCCCUGGUUGCAGUAUGGCUACAUUAAUUGGAUUAGCUAUUAAAGUGAAAUUAAUUCGUUCACUACCUCGACGAUUUAAAAUUGAAGUCAAGGUGAAACCUGGUACACAUGAUUCUGAAGAUGAAAUUAAUAAACAACUUGCUGAUAAGGAACGUGUAGCAGCUGCUCUAGAAAACCCUGCUCUACUUAAACUAGUGAAUAAUUGUCUAGCAAUUCAAAAUGAGUAA